AUGCAUGAUUUUAUUAAAGAUGGUGAUGUUGUUACUGCUUUAAAUUAUCUCAAAGUGAAAUCAUCUAUGGAUCCUAUGCUAUAUGUAGAAUAUUCUAUCAAUACCGAAGGAAGAUUGAAGUCGCUUUUUUGGGUAGACGAUUGUAGUAGGUCAAACUAUUUAUGUUUUGGCGAUGUUCUUGCUUUUGACACAACAUACAAAAAGAACAAAUGCAAUUAUCCUCUGGUUAUAUUUUCUGAGUGCAACCAUCAUUCACAGACUGUGAUAUUUUGUGUUGCUUUGGUGUCGGAUGAGACGACAGAGACGUAUAAGUGGUUGUUGAAGAGUUUCUUAGAGUGCAUGGAGAAUAAAUAUCCAAAAGUAGUUGUAACAGAUGGAGACGGUGCUACUAGGGAAUCUAUAAAACAAAUAUUUCCUGAUGCGACCCAUUGGUUGUGUGCCUGGCAUUUGAACAAGAAUGAAGGUGAAAAUGUGAAGAAGUCACAAUUUUUAGAUGGGUUUAAAAGGCAAUGUACUCAAAUUUUACACCUGAGAAUUUUGAAGAAUUCUGGAGGGAGCUAG